UUUCCUAGUUGUUCAAGAUGGCGGCGGCUCCCCUCGCAAGUCGCUGCUGGUGCAGCCGCUGGAGGAAGGAGGGGAGAGCUCCGCUGCUAGUGAUGCUGUGGGGAGCCGCCGGCUUGGCGUCCUUCCUUACGGCUGUGGCUUCCCUGCAGCCGGAACCGGAGCCGGUGGGGAGCCGCGUGGUGGAGCUGACCGGGUCCAACUGGAGCCUCCUGCUGCAGGGCCAGUGGAUGGUGGAAUUCUAUGCUCCUUGGUGUCCUGCCUGUCAGCAGAUGGAAUUGGCAUGGGAAGCUUUUGCAAGAAAUAGCGUGGAACUUGAACUCAGUGUGGGCAAGGUUGAUGUCACUCAAGAACCAGGUGUAAGUGGCCGUUUCUUAGUCACUACUCUUCCCACUAUUUACCACGCGAAGGAUGGAGUUUUUCGCAGAUAUCGUGGCUCGAGGACAUUGGAGGAUCUAGAGGGUUACAUCCUGGAGAGGAAAUGGGAAACUGUAGAGCCUGUAGCAGGAUGGAAGUCUCCCUCAUCUCUAAUAAUGUAUGGAAUGGCAGGACUCUUCCAUUUAUCUGGAUGGAUCAGACAAAUCCACAACUAUUUUACUGGCACUCUUGGAAUUCAUACUUGGGGUUCUUAUGCCAUCUUUGUAUUAGCCACCCUGUUGAUCGGUCUUAUCUUGGCCUUGAUACUUGUUUUGCUUAUAGACUGCAUUUGUCCAUCUAAGUCCAAAGAAGAAGGUUUUGACCCAGUAGAUCCUGAUGAGAAUAAAAUAGAAGAACAACAGCAAACAUUGGAGCUUUCAGCAGGGGACAAAACUCCAGAAAAGGGUUUGUCUGAUGAAGAAGGUGAAGAAGAGGGAGAAGAUGAGUCUCAGGCCAAUUCAUCAGAUGACUCAGCAGUUGAAGGAUCUGAGAAAGAAAAUGACUUAGAUCAUUUCACAUCUGACAAAUUAGAGAAGACCUCUUUAAGACAACGUAAAAAUCAGAUGGAACCUGAACUAUAGUGAAGAUAAUUAUGUGUAUACUUCUAAGUGGACCAAAGAAGAUUAGGACCCUCCUUGUUUGCAGCUGAAGCCAAAUAUUUGACCUGUAAGCUGUUGUGGCUAAAUAUAGGCUGACUGCUAGAAAGCAACUUUUUUUUAUUUUUAGGGCCAAUAUUUUGAAUGUAAAAUAUGACUAAUGUUGAAAUCAUAGACAUGACAAUCAAACAACCAUGUUGAGUUCAGGGAUGGAUAAGAGGCUUUAUUGUAUAAGCCGUGCCAUAAACUAGGUGAAAUGGUCAUUCUAUACAAAUGCAAAUUGUCUUUGUUGCAGUAUUAAGUAUAAAGCAAGAAAAGAUCUUUGGGGUUUAUUGGUAGAAGCUAAUUCCAAUAUGUAUAAUUGAAAACAAAAAUCUACAGUCAUGUCUUAGAAGACUGAAGGCAGCUUAAGAUAGUAGUAAGUUUUUACUGUUUAACAUGUUUGAAUGGAUAAUUCGAUUUAUAACUUUCAGAGGUCUUUGACUCCAGUUACAUAAGGCACUGAAUAUAGGCUUGAGAGCUGUGAUGUGUGUUCCUGGUGAGUCAUAGUAUAGCAAGAGCUAUAAGUUUAUAAGCUGCAAGGUUUUACUUUCAGCAUGCCGACUAGAAACCAGGAAGAGAUUUUUAAAUAUGGGUGUGGCUUUCUUACUGCAACACUUUAAAAUCAGUUUCAUAUGCAUUGCCCCAAUAUCAGUCUGUUAAGUAAAUUUCUCAGUAUCUAAUUUGUUGGCCAUAUUUAAGUUCCUCUGAAUCACAAUACUGCUUUGAUAAUAUUGAUUCCCAUUAUGUAUUCCAAUCCAAGAUGGAUUGCCACAAUGCAGGAGAGGCAUGAAAAAAUAUCAUUGCAUAUUUUUUAAUGUAAAAAAAAAGUCUUGAUGGAUAAAUGGAUUCUUAAUUUGUCCUCAGUGAUCAGAAGAUUUAUUGGAUACCAAAGGUUUAAAUAUGUUCCAUCAUAGUGUCAAAGUUCUGUAUAGUGUAGAUAUGUAAAGUAUGCAUAUAAGUAUAGCAGUAUUCCCUUGUAAGGUUACGCAAGUGUGGAGUGUAUUGUGAGUUAAGCGUACAGAGGAAGCAAACUCAGAACAGUGUUGUUUCCCUUUGUAUUUAGGGAGUGUUAUUUUCAGUGGAACCUAGAGAAUUAAAAUGAAUGUCAGGAUCAUUGUUGAACUUGUUGUUCUACUUCCAUGUUGAGAGAUGUUUUAAGCCUAAAAAAUGAUACGCUCAGAAGAAAGUAGUAAAAAUAAAGCACCAUACUUGGUUUAUGUGCAUGCUGUCAUAAUAUUUAUCUUAGUUGUGUCCUCUGUUGGCUAGAACCACUAUUUUCAAGUUUUUGCUUUUCAUUGCACUAAAAUGAGUCCUAACUCGUAUACAAUUUCCUCAGUAAAGGCCUCUUUAAACAAGUUUUAGUAAAACUGCCCCUUGCAUUUUGUUAAUACUGCAGAAUUUAGGACAAAUAGAUUCAAAUGCUGGGGAUGCAUUUAGAGGUAAAUAAAUGUUUAAAUGUACAUACUUCACCUGCUGUGACAAUACUUAUAAAAAUAAAUGCUUGAGAAUCUUAACAUACCACAGUUGAAGAAAUUGAUAGUUCAGCAUCUGCAUUUACCAGCAUUUUUUUAUGCUGUUAAAAGCACCAAGAAGACAAGAUUGUCAGUCUCUGAUUUGAUUCUUGAACCUCUGAUGCCUUGGGAAUGUGACCAAGUAUGUUUUUUUGAUAACAUAAAAGGUUUGGGUUGAGUGCUAAUUUGAGCACUUUGAGAGAAGCUGGUAUACAAUAGUUGUAGUCCUAAGCAUGUGUUCAUGGAACUAAAUGUAAUCCAGCAUGUUUUACUUUUAAGUAAAAAUAGUUCAGAAUUAAAUGCUCUGGGCUCAGUAUGACAGUUCUCAGUAUACAGUGUAUUCAGAAAGUAUUCAGACCCCCUUCACUUUUUCCAAUUUUGUUAUGUUGCAGCCUGAUACUA